AUGGUAAAAAAUUGGGGUACAACACUUGGUCAGAUUCCUCAAGUGAAUACAGGUAAUCAGAACAGUGAUGAUGAUGAGUAUGGUGCUUUGUGGAAGUUCCAAAGGAAAAAUCCGCCUAUCUUUGAGGGAGAGCAUGAACCUGAUAAGGCGCAAGCAUGGUUGAAGGAAAUUGAGAAGAUUUUUCGGGUUAUGAAUUAUACUGAUGCGCAGAGAGUGCAGUUUGGUACUCACAUGCUCGAGAAAGAACUUGAGGAUUUGUGGGGUAACACUGUCAGAUAUUUGAAGAAGAGGAGGUCAAAGUGUUUGAAGUUUGUGAACGGUUUGAGGCAUGACAUAAAGAAGGCUAUAGGUUACCAACAAAUUACUCAUUUUGCGGAGUUGGUUAACAAGAGUCGGAUUUAUGACGAGGAUAGUAGAGAGAGUGCUUCUCACUACAAGGCUUCAAAUGAGGGAAAAGGAAAAGGCCAAUACCGACAUUGUGCUAAUGAGUGCAACAAGAAUUUGGUUAAGUGUUUCAAGUGUGACAAGCUGGGUCACAAAGAUGUGGAUUACAAAGUUGGUUCGAGUGUGACUUGCUACAAUUGUGGUGAGAAAGGGAACAUUAGUACCAAGUGUGAUAAACUGAAGAAGGAGCAAGAGAAAGGAAAAGUGUUUGCAUUGUCUGGUUCUGAGACCACUACUGAUGAUAGGCUAAUCCAAGUUAAGGAAGAUUUGUUUUUGUCUGCUAAGCAAGUGGAUGAAUCUGUGCAAGACGGAGCUGAGUUGUUUAUGUUGUUGGCAACUUUGGAUGUUCAUGAGAAGAGAUACAUGAUUUAG